ACGUUGCAUGGUUUCGGGUCUGACGUUCAAGUAAGACCCGAGGGAGGAGGCUGCAGUUCCCCGAGAGCGAGCUUGGCGGGGACCCUGCAGUCCCUGUCAGCGCACCUUGCGGCUCCGCGAAGGUCCAGAGCAUGUGGGCGGGGCCCCAGGAGUUCUCCCAGGAGGGUGUCCCUGUCCCUGUCCGCAGUGCAGUGCACCGCCCGAGGGGGGGGGCGGGGCAGCGGCCUGGGAGCGUCUGGGCGGCGGUGCACGCGCGCGCGCGCGCGCGCGCCAGGAGAGGAGCCCGCGCGGCUGCUGGGCCACCGUCGCGGGAGGCGUGGGAGGCGUCGGCGAGCCGCGCCUGCCUGCGCAGAGCCGAGCCCGGCGGAGUCCGGCCGCGCUCUGCGGCUCUCUCCCGGGCCGGGCUCGUCCGUUCCGCCGGCGUCCGUGGACGCCGCUCCGUGUCCCCGCUGGGCACAGCAGCCCGGGCCCUCCACAGCCACGGCCGCGAGCCUGAGGUGGCCCUCCUGCAGCUCCCGCUCUUCCUGCUCGCCGGACACGGACGACCGGGGCGCCUGCGAAGAUGAUGCCAUCUGCGAGAGGUACCUGGGGGCGUGGGCCUGGGGGCUGGUGGGAGGCGAGCGUGUUUCUGAGGAACAGGCUUGUGCGCCGAGAGGUGCCCGUCAGGUCGCGGGACAGCUGUGCGGCGCGCGGAGCGAGGGGGCUCUCUUCGUGCGCGUCACGCGUUCAUGGCACGGGCGGUGUGUGCCGGGCACCUGCCCAGGGGCCAGCCUGGGGAUGCGGUGCCCGGGAGUCGGGCGCUGAAGCGGCCCCCGUGGUCUUGGCUUCUUGGAAGGACAGACGCGAAGUCGACAAGGACCCUGGUCUCGAUGCGUUCUGAGGAGUGCAGGUCUCCCUCUUUUCGAGGCUACGUUCCGUUGGGGUUUUCCUGAAGCCUGUUGUGCCCCUGAAGCUCAGGCCGGUUCAGGGGAAGCGGCCUGUCGAGGGCCACGUGACGUUUGUGUGCAGAGCCAGUGCUUUCCAAAGCCCUGGACUGUGCGGAAGUCUACCUGUUAGGGGUGCAGUGGGGGCUGUCCGGGGAGCGUUGUGAGCACAGGUAUGUGUCCCACACUUGAAAGUCUGGCAAAGAAAGCGUGAGGCUCGAGGGUGCUCCGUUCGUUGCCUCCUUCCAC